AUAUUUAUAUUCGUUUUAGUAUUAUUAUUUUGUGCUGAGUUUUGAUAAAUAUUAAAACUUGGAGAGAUUUUGUUUUAAAAUGCAUUCCUCCUUAUUCUGUGCGCUGUGGUUAUUUAUUCUAUUCGAAUGUUUAUUUUUUUUACUAUGUAAAACAUACCCAGUGGAAGACACAUCAUUAUCAAUACAGGUGAAGAAUGUUGAGCCUUUAGGUACGUUUGGGAGCCUACAGAAAUCCAAAGAUCGAAGUUACUCUGAUGAAAACAAUUUUAGGCGAAGAGGGCGAAAACGCCGUUCGGACUUCGGAGAAGAAGAAAUUUCGGGGGAAAGAGGACCAGUAGAGGAUAUUGCAGCUAUUAAACAAAUUGUAGAUCUUCUUCGAAGUGUUGGUCAGAGAGUAAUUCCUAUUGUGAUGCAAGGUGCAUCUGUGUUGAACAAUCUGCUCUCAAACCUGGGAACAUAGGACAUGAAUUUUUUUUAUAAAAAUGGAAUUUAAAAUUGUAUGAGAAAUAAAAACUAAUUCAUUGAACUUCAAGUUAA